CAGGACUAGUCUCACAGCAUCCUUGUGUCGCUGUCAAAAUAAUUCACCUUUCCUCUUCCAGUUUUUAUUCUGCUUACUGAAAUUCUACUGGCCACAAUCCAUAACUCAGUCUGCACACGUUUUCUUCCACAGAUAUUUGUUUCAUUCUUCUACUUUUCUUUACCCUUGCAACACGUUCAGGGCGAGACAGCCCACCAUUGUUUGUUAAGUCAAGUCAAUAGUGUAGCAUAACUCCAGGCCCAUUCCUUCCGGCAGACAAAUCCUUUAAAUGGCAUAUUCUACACACAAGAUCUCCCAAAAGUAUUCCCAGCUCCUUGGUUCGUCCACAUCCUGUAAACUCUGGGCAUCAUGCCCUCACUCUUGUCUCUGCUCUGUAGUUUGCUCAUCCUUUUCUCUUUCAACACUACAAUACUCGAAGCAGCACAAGCAAAUGAGUCCGAGAUCGAUCGUUGGGCUCUCCUUUGCUUCAGGUACGGCGUCCAUUAUUAUCCCCUUCACAUCCUAAACUCAUGGAGAGCCGACUCACUCAACUUUUGUGGCUGGAAGGGGGUUACCUGCAGCACAAAGUUUCCACCUCGGGUGGUCUCUCUUAAUGUCACUUCUGCUCGUCUCGGUGGGAAAAUUUCUGGAUGUGUAGUCAACUUGACGUUUCUGUCAUCGAUGAACCUUGCUGAUAAUGAUCUGUCGGGCACAAUCCCUGAAGAGUUGGUUGUGUCCAAGAAGAUGUUUCGUUUUGUUACCCAUCACAAGAGAAGAGAAGUGCAUACAGCUCCGCGCAACGAUGAGAAGAAGCUGAAGAGGGUGUCAUAUCAGGACAUUCUUAAAGCUACCAACUGGCUUUCUUCGCUACAUACUAUUAGCUCAACCUCUACUGGGUCAGUUUAUGUUGGUAGGUUCAAGUCCGACAGGAGAUUGGUUGCCAUCAAAGUGUUCAACUUGAGUGAACCUAGUGGAAGUGAUAGUUACUGUAUUGAGUGUGAAGUGCUACGAAACACCCGCCAUAGAAAUAUAAUGUGUCCUGUGACCAUAUGCUCGACACUUGAUUCACAAAAUCACGAGUUCAAAGCGCUGAUAUUCAAGUUCAUGGUUAACGGCAGCCUUGACAGAUGGUUACAUUCUGAGCAACACAAUGGAAUCCCAGGCAGAGCGCUAAACUUUGGCCAGAGGAUAUGCAUAGAGGCAGAUGUGGCUUCUGCUCUUGAUUAUGUCCACAACCAACUGACGCCUCCUCUGAUCCAUUGUGAUUUGAAGCCAGAGAACAUCCUUUUGGACGAUGACAUGACCGCGCGGCUCAGUGAUUUCGGCUCGGCAAAGUUUUUGUCGCCUGAUAUGUUUAUUCCUGAAAGCCUGGAUGAUGUUGGAGGAACAGUUGGAUACAUGGCACCUGAGUACGGGACUGGUUACGAGAUCUCCAUAGGAGCUGAUGCAUAUAGUUUUGGAGUGCUCCUGCUGGAGUUGCUUACCGGAAAACGACCAACCGAUGAUAUGUUUGUUGAUGGGCUUACCCUUCCCAUUUUCUCUGAAUCCAUGUUCCCUGAAAGAGUCGCGGAGAUUCUAGAUCCUCGUAUGGGACAUGAGGAGCAUCAAGUGUGUGCAGAAGUAUGGACGCAGAGAUAUAUUGUCCCCCUGAUUGCUCUUGGAUUGUCAUGUACCGUGGAAUCUCCGAAGGAUAGACCUGGAAUGAAAGAUGUUUGUGCAAAACUUUCUGCUAUAAGAGAUGCUUUUCUGGAACACCGUGAUGACGAUUGAUGAAUAUUUCUGCUCUGUUAGAGCACGCUGAUUCUUUAUUAUUAAGAAUGUAGUAACAAGUCAAGUUCAUUCUUCAUAGUACCCUGUCUAUUUGACAAAUUGGAAGAAACUUUGAGGCUUGAGCACAUAGAUAUGAUUUGCAGUGGCAAUAAUUGGCUACAAAAAGCAUCAAUUGUCCUUUGUUGUAUAUUUGUUGAACUAUUUUUAUUUUGAUCUUGAGCUGUGUGUAUGGCGAAAUUCUUCUAUUAGUUAAUUUUGUUAAGGGUACUGUA